AUGAAUAAUCAACAAGAAGUAAAAGUCAAUGAUGACGCAAAGAAUGCAGUAUUUUUUCAAUCUGACCCCAAAGAUUUAGAAGGUAGAGAACAGAUAAAGGGGUACGAUUUCAACAAGGGUCUCGAUUAUGAUGCAUUGUUUGAAUCGUUGGUCAGAACUGGCUUCCAAGCAAGUGCAAUGGGACAGGCAAUCGAAGAGGUCAAGAGAAUGAUCAGCUGGCGUCUAUCAGAUGACCCAAUCAAAGAGGAUGAGUCGGAAGACUACCACGAUCAAGAGACGCGGAAGAACACGCGUUGCAAGAUAUUUUUGGGGUACACGUCCAACUUGGUAUCGUCGGGUGUGCGUGAGGUUAUCCGUUACCUCGUGCAACACAGUAUGGUCGAUGUGCUCGUGUCGACGGCCGGUGGUGUCGAAGAAGACAUUAUCAAGUGUUUGGCACCAACCUAUCUGGGCGAGUUUUCAAUGCCUGGUGCCGACCUUCGUCGUCGUGGUUUGAAUCGUAUCGGUAAUCUUUUGGUGCCAAAUGACAACUACUGCAAGUUUGAGGAUUGGGUGAUGCCCGUCCUCGACCGUAUGGUAGACGACCAGGAAAAGAAGGGGAUCAGAUGGACACCUUCUCGCGUCAUCAACCGUCUCGGAGAGGAGAUUAAAAACGAAGAUUCCAUCCUCUACUGGGCACAUCGUAACAACAUCCCUGUCUACUGUCCAGCCAUCACAGACGGCUCGAUCGGUGACAUGAUGUACUUUCACAGCUACUCCAAGCCCGGUCUCAUCGUCGACCUCGUCGCCGAUAUCCGUGCCAUCAACAACCACGCCAUCUACUCUAAAAAGAGUGGUGUCAUCAUCUUGGGUGGUGGUGUCAUCAAACAUCACAUUUGCAAUGCCAACCUCUUUAGAAACGGUGCCGAAUAUGCCGUCUACAUCAACACGGGUCAGGAAUUCGACGGAUCUGACUCUGGUGCACGUCCCGAUGAAGCUGUCAGCUGGGGCAAGAUCAAACUCGAUGCCAAGCCCGUCAAGGUCUACGCCGACGCCUCCCUCGUCUUCCCACUCUUGGUCUCACAAACUUUUGUCAAACAUUUUAAACCAAAAAAUGAUGAAGAACUUAAAUUAAAUAAACGUGAUUUAUUUUAA